GAUUUUUGGUAUGAGACUGGUGUUACACAAACGUCUUGUGACAAGCAUGCUGUUUGGUGGAUAAUUCUGAUUAUCGUCAUAUUGCUUCUUAUUCUGUUUGUGAUCAUAACUUUACUAAUAGUAUAUACAGUGUAUUACAUAUUAGAGAAGAGAAAGGUGCAUGACUUACAAAAGAAGACGUGUCUCUUCUCGAUGAACUCCUCAAACAUUAAUUUUGUGAAACUCCAAAAUUCUUUUAUUUCAGUCAACAAAACUGAAAUAGUUUUUGAAAGUGAAAAUGAUACUUUAAUAGAUGUUGAUUGUGAAAGUCGUGAGUUAAUUUGUGUUGGAAACACCUCACAACACACCAUCAAAGUCCAAUUCACGUUUAAAACUUCAAAUGUGAAAUAUCAAAUACGUUCAGAACCACAAGUCAUUACAAUUCCAAAAGGAAAAGCCGUUGAAUUUGAAGUCUUUUUGAUGCCAUUAUGCUCUACUAACAUUGACGAUGAAAUCACAUUAUUUGCUGUUGAUAUGAAAAAAGGGGAGAACUUCCAAUUCCCAUUGAAAAUCAGUGCACAAACCAAAUUGACAACACGACUGGAUUUCGACAAGUUAAUUGAAGAGAAGGAGAUUGGUCAUGGCUCUUUUGGAAUUGUAUACAAAGGAAUAUACAGAGGAAAUUGUGUGGCUAUUAAGAAGAUGAAGGAAAUUAAAAAUGAUGAUGAUGAAUUUGAAAAAGAAGUGAAUAUGUUAGACAAAUUUAGAAGUGACUUUAUCGUCCAUUUCUACGGCGCUGUGUUCAUCCCAAAUAAAGUGUGUAUGGUCACCGAGUUUGGACUCUAUGGAAGUUUACAAGAUUUGAUGAAACACAAAACAUCUGAAAAAGUUGAAAUGAAGUUUCGGAUCAAAAUUCUUGUUGAUGCGGCAAAAGGAAUUAUUUAUCUUCACGAAAACGGCGUUUUGCACAGAGACAUCAAACCGGACAACAUUUUAAUGUUUUCAAUGGACUUUUUUGAAAAGGUGAAUGCUAAAUUGACUGACUUUGGAAGUGCGAGAAGUGUGAAUUUACUUAUGACAAAUAUGACGUUCACAAAAAAUGUUGGCACACCAACUUAUAUGGCACCAGAAAUAUUAAAUAAAGAGAAAUACAAGAAAAGUGCAGAUGUGUUUUCGUUUGCAAUAACCAUGUACGAAACAUUUGGAUGGCGCGAAGCAUAUCCAGUUAACACAUUCAAAUUUCCAUGGAAAAUCGCAGAGUUUGUUAUAUCCGGUGAAAGACUACCACGUUUGGACAACAUGUUAAAUUCACAUUAUACUUUGAUAUGUGU